CAUUGUCUAUUGUGGUGUUAGAGUAUUGUAGAUAAGAUAAUAAUCACUUCGGUUACUCAUGCUCUUCUGCAGGAUUGACAUAUAAAAUAUCAAAUACCAAGCGUACAUAUUCAAACUUUGGACUGUGAAUAUAUUAAUUGUGCAGCAGGAUGGUGAGCCUAAGGCAACUGAUGUAUUAUGUGUUGAGGGUGCUCCACCUGAUUGUCAACAACCUGAUGGCUAUUCCAGCGUACACAGUGUGGUUGUUUUUUCUCACGCCCCUCCGGCAUCUCUGCCCAGCCAUUUACUGGCAGAUCGAGAGAGUCCUCUUUAAAGCGCUGAUAAGUUUCGUUGUGAUGUGGACCAACUCUGGAGGAUACAAAAUUAUAGAAUCUGGAGAUGACCUUAGUAGUCUCUAUGACAACCGAGUACUGUUGUUAGUAAACCAUCAGUCAACGGCCGACAUUCCAUGUGUCAUGUCUGCCCUGCUGCCCAAAUCCCACGUUAUCGGCCAGAUCAUGUGGAUUAUGGACUAUAUCUUCAUGUACACCAACUUUGGCUGGGCUGCCCUGCUUCACGGGGACUUCUUUAUACAGCAGGGCAAGGAGUACAGGGAGUCCCAGCUAGACCUACUAAAUAACCACCUAUUACAGCGCUACCUGACAUCUGAUAAACGGUGGAUAGUGCUCUUCCCAGAGGGCGGUUUUCUCUACAAGCGCAGAAUCAGCAGUCAAAAGUUUGCAGAGAAGAAUAAUCUGCCUAUUCUCAACCAUGUGGCUUUACCCAGGGUGGGAGCAAUGAAUACCAUCAUGGAUACACUGGGCUCGAUAAAAGAUGGCAAAAAAGAGGGUGGUUUGCAGUGGGUGGUAGACAUGACGCUAGCAUAUCCUGGAGGGGAAGCCCUCGACAUGCAUGGGAUAUGCAUCGGCUGGUGGAAACCCUGUAAUAUGCAUGUGAACUACCGCGCCUACCCCGUAUCCGAUAUUCCUAACACCAUUGAUGACCAGCUGUCCUGGCUUUAUGACAGAUACACGGAGAAAGAACAGCUUUUAGAGCAUUUCUACAAACAUGGGGAAUUCCCAGAAAAUGAGCCAGGAAAACCAAGAAUGCUACCUCGUGUGAUAUCACAUGAAGUCCCGUUUGAUAAAGUGUGGUUUAUGAUUGCCUAUGCAUUUUAUGCCGUUUCUGCCUACAUAUUUUGGAUAUUUGUGUAUAGCCCAUUAUUGAGUGUUAUAUCUGGUCUAGUCAGUUUCGUUAUUUAACAGUUUAGUAACUAUGACAAUAACCAUUAUAUCACUGAGUGAAGUGUAUUUAUACUGUAUAAAACUGUUUUGCCAAUUUCCUAGCCAAAGUAAUAAUGUAAACAUAGGUUCUGCAAAUUGUGUUAACUUUGCUAGACUGUAAUUUUUGUGAAGUCAUCUGUUCAAUAACAUAAAUCAUUCAACAAUUUCAAUUUCUCAUUCCUAUUCGAUGAUUAGACAAUAGCAACGCAAAUUGUAUACCUUGCUAAAAAAAAUGGCCCAAACCAAACAAUUGCAAGAAAGGGACCACACAAACUUAAGCACUCUACAGAACUUAAUCAGUGUAGGAAGUUGGAUUAUUUUUGUUGUUGUUGCUAUUAUUUGAAAGGAUGCGUGCAAUAUAUUAGGUUUGGGUGUCAUAUUUUUACGUUUCACAUAUAAUGAUUAUAUAUAUAUUAUUAUUGUACAAUAUCAUUUAAAAGUAUUUAAAGAAAGUCUGACAUGUUGACUUUAAAACUUUCAAUGAUUUUAUUUAAAAUAGAUCCUGGGAAGGUGGGGUUGCAGCCAUGCGGUCAGCGCUAGUAUUUUGUCCCAUCAGUAACUUUAGAAGCCUUUGUCAAUUAUCAUCAAGUUUGGUCAGAAAGUGAAUGUGCAUAAUAUCUCAGACAAGUUUAACCCUUUGCAUGCUGGGUAAAUUGUCGUCUGCUCUAAAAUGUCGUCUGGUUUAUUCUAAAUUUCUUUCAAUUUACUUAAAACUUUGGGGAUAUAUUGACUGAGUGGCAAACAGCUUGGAACCUGACCAGGCGCCGAGUUACUCGGCGUCUGGUCUGGUUCCAAGCUGUUUGCAAAGCCUUUAAAAUCGCCAUCAGCAGCCAAAGGGUUAAUAACCAGCUAUAUUGCUCUAGGAACUCGAGAGUAAUAGCCCUUUAAUCAUAGAAAUUUCCUAAAAUUGGUCUUGUCUGAUCAAUAACUUUGUCAGAUCAGAUCAUUACCAAAGUUGGUCCAGAUAAUGUAGAGGAAUAGUAUCUGGACCAUUUUGAUAAUCAGUCUUUAGUCACUCGAUAGAAAGAAAUAAUCGUAAUUUCGUAUUGUCCAAUCAAUGGCGUAUGAAGCAUUAUUUGGUCAGAAUGUGAAUGAUAAAAUAUCUUGGAAAAGUUUGUCAAUAUUGCUCAAGUCAUGAGCUUUUAUCGUCCUUUAAUUAUAGAAAUUACCUAAAAUCGGUCUUGACUGAUCAAUUACUAGAAGCCUUUGUCCAAUCAUCACCAAAUUUGGUCAGAAUGUGGAUGGGCAGAAUAUUUCAGUCAGCUUCAAUAACCAGCCAUCUCCUAUAGUCCAAAGUUAUUGACCCUAGAAUUGGCAAAAAAAUGUAUAAACAUACGUUCAAUAAAUUUGGCUUUACUUACACCCAUUCAUCACCAAAUUCCGUGUCCUAAAAAAGUAUGGGCGUAUUUUGUGAUAGUUGGGGCUCUUGUCUUUUUUAAAUCUAUUUAUACUUUCAUAUUUUUUUGUGUUCCGAUGCUUAAGUUUAGUUUCUUGUGAUUUUAGAUGCCAAAUGUUUUUGAUGUAUUGUUAAUCUGUUGGUUUUAUUUUGUUGAAACAAUAUUUAAGUACCCAGCAAUAACAUUCCAAACACUGUUAGAAAGUGUUUUAUGUUGACAACAUUUUUUUAUGCUUUUUCGUAUUGAGUUAUUUUACUUAUUUUUAUUAACAAACAGCAACUGGUAGAUAUCCUUUUGAACCAAAUUUUGUAAGUUCAAGCAUGAAGUCAAUCAAUUUUAAAAAGCAUUACCAAACCUUUUCAGCAAAUAGAGCAUUUAAUAACAAUAAUAUUUUUCAAUGUCUGCAAACAUAUAAAUUCAUGAGUGGGUUCCUUUAAAUGAUUGACUGCUGCAGUAUACAAGUUAAUGGGGCAGUGAUAGAAAUUCUCAAAAAGCCUGCAUGUCCUGCUCUGGUAAAACUUGUCUGACUUGCUUAAAUCUUGAAUUUUACAUACAUGUUGCUUAUUUCAUAUUGUUUAGCCCGGACUAUGUUAUCAAUAAUUAUCACCAUUGGUUGCCAGAUUUACAAUAAUUGGUGAACAAUAAUCAGUAAAAUGUAUAGUAAAAUAAUUAACAACUUUUUGUUAAUAAGGCCAUCUUAAAUUAUUAUCAGCAUUUUGCGAUAACUGUGGUUCUGAGAGUCAGGUUUAGUCUUGAAAUUAGGAUUGAGAGGUUUAACAUUACUGGUACACUAUUGGUCAAUUGUAAAGAUUGGUUUUCGUUCGGACAUUUGUAUCAAAAACAAAAGGAUGUACUUUAAAAUGAAUAUAAAUUUAUAUAAUUGACUUUUGAAACAAUUUGAAAAGGGACACCUUUACCCUGCUUUUUGUAUAAACCUCUCAUUUUCAAACAGAUCCCUGGCUAUUUUUCACUAUUGACAAUUAUCACUUGUUAGAAACACUGUGUAAUUCACACAGUUUAGACCCAAAUGUAUUGAUCUAUUAUUUUUCCUAUUUCAUUUUGUUUUAAUUAAAAAAAAAAAAAGGCCUGAAAGGAGCUCUUGGUUCAAUGUUGGCGUACUUAUUUUCCAGUAUUCAGUUUCAAUAUUGAGCAGCAUUGUUAAAAUGUAAUUUACUAUUUAUAUUUUGAUUUACAUAUAGUUAUUACUUUAGCGUUAUGUUAUGGAUAUAUCACAUAGAAAUGUAACUGUACAGUAUUUUUGAAUGUUAAUGUGCAAUUCAUUUUUUCUAGAGUGCUUGUUUUUAUUUUUUAAAGACCAUAGCACUUAGAAAUGCUUUUAUUAUGUUGAUAGCAAUACCAGAAGGAGAAUAGAUUUUGGACACUUUUUGAAAUUUGCUCACGAUUCCUUUCUGAUCGGUUGUGAUAUAAUAGAAAACUUCAAAACAGUAAACUUAAACUCUCUGUCAGUUAUAAACAAACAAAAUUAUCUGAAAUCAAAUAUUUUAUCUUUGUUUUCUAUGGUUCCAAAAUAGGCUGAUUGAUUUUGAAGAUGCACUUGAUAUGUCUUUUAUAACAAUGCAAAGCUCUUGACUGUCUGAGAUCAACUCCUAUCCAAGGUCUACUCCCAUCCAAGAUCUACUCACUGCUGGUAUAUAUUUACGUUUUUCCAUUCUUUUGAACUCAUGCUUUUUGAUUUGUUCAGCACAUCAGUAUUUGUUUCAUCAGUAUUCUUUUUAAAUCAAUGUCGUCAAUAUGUAACUAAAAUACAAGUGUCUCACUAUCAAUAUAUCAAUAUAUAUAUAUAUCCAGUAUAUCAACAAUGGAUCACUUCAAAUGGAUAUAUUUAGCAAGUUAUCCGGCCAAAAUAUAGCAAUGAUUGGGAAACCUAAUUCAGCAUGAAUUAUUACAAUCUGAACGCAGUUUAAAAUCAUCAAAUUCAAGCACAAGAUUUAAACAUUUUGUAGCAAUUUCCAAGCUUAACUUUGAGUUUCUUCUGUUCAAUAUUCAAUAUACUUGGAUUCAGGCUAAGAAAACCUUAUUGCCAAUUUAUGCCUCGAGGGACCCAUCAAGAGUUUUUUGCAUUUUCAAACACAAAAAUGUUCUUAAUUUAAUCAUUGUUUUCGAUGCUUAUACUAAUAAGGUCUUAAUUAAGUACUGUGUACUUACAAAACAUUGCAUGCAUAGUUACACAAACAACAUUGGCUUUAUUCUUAUCAAAGGACCACAAUGGAAAUAAGAGUUUUCUCUUUUUUGUGUCAUCCUUGGUUUGGUGUGCCUGUCAUAGCUAUUGAUAAUAUCAUGUAUGUAUUAUUUUAUUUACUAUACAUGUUGUUUAUUUUAAUUGUCCAUGAAUGUGCAUUUCUUACUGAAAUAAAUAUAUCUAUCAAUCGUAAGAAAUACUACCUAGGAACGUUUUGUCUACUUUGUGUACACUAUGUCAUACAGGUGUUUGUGUGUGUUGUAUCAGUUCAGAAUUACCUGUAAAAUAGCACUGGGAAUCAAUGUGAUGUAUGGGGAUAUCAGCGAGUCUACAAGGUUAAAUGUCAAUUAUUUGAAAGUGUACUGUCAGAGUCUUUUUCUGUAAAACACAUGCUCAUCAUGAGAUGAAGAUAAACCAUGUGAUCUUUGAUAUAUAUAUUGUGCAAUGUUAUACCUGUGUUCAUUAGGAGCUUUUACAAUUAAUGUUUCAUAAUAGAAUGUGUGGCUUUCUCUUUAAUUACAUCAUUUUAAUAACAGAACAUGCUAACUUUAUUAUUCAGAUUCACAAGAAAUAAAAGGUUUUUAAA